AUGGAAGCAGCUUCUUGUACAAGUGACAACCAGUCAACGGGUCAACAUCAUUCUGACGCUUCAUCAAGUGACUCGCUCGCUGAUGAGGGUUUACAAGCCAACCCAGCAACAACUGGUGCUGGCCUUGAUGAGUACAGAACAUCAGCCACCGCUGAAUACGUCGCGAGCUCAACGAAUCAUGCCGCAAUGGAACAAUCGGAGCUUUAUCUUGAGUACUUUCAUUCAUCAAUCAUAAGGGAGGAUUUAGCUACUAUAAAGAAUCCUCGCCUUUCACUGGAUAAAAUGGCAAAUGCUAUCAGAGAAUUGAUAAGAAGUGAAAGGCUACAGAUCAUCAGAUCAUGGGAAAGAGUUUAAGUUCAGGUGGACUGACAACUCGACGUACUACCUGGUCAAGUAUUGCAACGAAAUCGGUCCAUUUUACGGCUUCGAACGUCUGAAUUCACCUAGAGUUGAGAAGCUAGAACGAAGCAGCUUCAUAUCUCUUAAAUGGAGUUGUAUUUUGUAUGAUCUUCUGUUGUCAUUACAAUUCGAAAACAAUAUCAUACCAACAGAGGGUCAAAUUAAACAGAGGUGCAGAUAUCUAACAGACAUGGCACAUCCCAAAUUAUUUGCCGUCACUACAGGAGAUGAGAGAAAUCCUUUCUCGAUUACUGGAGUUGACAAAAUAGAUGACGUUUUGGAACAGCUCUGUAGGCUGAAAAAUGAUUCGGAACUGAGUAAAGCAGAAUACCAUAAACGUGUUACCGACCAACGACAUAAUAAGAGGUCUGUGGGCCAGAUGCUAUGCUCAAAUAGUAUUCCGAGUGUCAUUGAGAGCCUUGUCCCUUUAGACUCUGAUGAGCAGUCUUCCAUAGAUGACGUGAACCAACCUAAUACUAUCACGGUCGAAAAGAGGAACAGAUCAGGCAAGUCGCUGAACUCAAGAGAUGUCGCGUCAUUUGCCCAUUAUUUCUCUGAACUCUCAGCACCAACGAGAGAACUGCAAGAUUCUGCGCUACGAACUAUUGAAGCAACACUUUCGGAAGAAAGGAAACGCGAAGCAAAAGCUCAACAGCAGAUUAUAGAAUUUCAACAACAACAAAUGGAAUACAGCGCUCAAAAAGAAAAGCGUGAACAAUUCGAUCAUGAAGCCAAAAAGAUUAAGACUGUAAUGGAAAUGACGCUCAUGGCCCAAAGCCUAGAAAAGGGGAAUUCUUCAUCGACUAAUGCUGUAAAGAAGAUGCUUCAAGACUUUUUAGCACACUAUGCGUGA